GUCUCUGUAACCUGGUUGUCUCUGUCCUCAGGAGACAUGUUGUCUCUGUAACCUGGGUGUCUCUGUCCUCAGGAGACAUGUUGUCUCUGUAACCUGGGUGUCUCUGUCCUCAGGGGACAUGUUGUCUCUGUAACCUGGGUGUCUCUGUCCUCAGGAGACAUGUUGUCUCUGUAACCUGGGUGUCUCUGUCCUCAGGAGACGGAGCAGCAGGUGAAGCAGAAGGAGCAGGACCUGCAGCAGGUGGAGGAGCAGGGCUGCGCUCUCGUGCAGAACAAGACGGACGAAGCAUGCGCCAUCGUCAUGGAGACGCUGCAGGGCGUCAACCACACCUGGGCUCACCUGGACCACCUGGUGGGUCAGCUGAAGCUCAGCCUCUCCUCAGUGCUGGAUCAAUGGACUCUGUACCGCGGCGCCUCAGAGGAGAUCAACGCUCGGCUGAUGGAGGGGCGGUACUCCGUCUCUAGGCUCCGCCUCCUCACCGGCUCGCUGGAGGCCGUGCAGCUGCAGGUGCAGAGCCUCCAGGAGCUCCAGGAGGAUCUGGAGAAGCAGGAGAGCAGCGUGAGGAGGUUUGGAGCGGUGACCCACCAGCUGCUGAAGGAGAGCCACCCCUCGCUGUCCGACUCGCUGAACAACAGCCUGCAGGACGUCAACGCAAGGUGGACGGGGCUCCUGGAGGAGAUCUCUGAGCGCAGGAGGAGCAGCGAGGCUCUGCUGCAGCUGUGGCAGAGAUACAAGCAUCUGCACGAGGAGAGCUGCAGCGGCAUGCGGCUGCAGGAGGACGCCAUGCAGCGGCUGGUCAACAGCUGCAGCGAGGAGAUCAGCGACGACGAGGUCAACGUCUGGAUCCAGGAGAGCAGC